AUGACGAUUCGCAAGCUCGACCCAGCAUCUCUCGAAGAGUGGGAGAAAAGUGUUAGCGAGAAACUCGAGCCCCCCACGUUUGCGGAGCUCAAGGCGUUUCUCAUCGGUCGCAUCCACACCCUCGAAGCCGUGGAGCAAGCUCAUGCUCAUAAUCAAAUCGCGACGUCGAAACCGCACUCAUCGCAAGGAAGGUCAAAUCUUCAGACGACAAGGUCACAUACAGCGCAAUCAAAGGAACAGUCGUGUGCUUGUUGCAAAGGCAACCACUACAUCGCGUUCUGUUCGACCUUUCGCGACAAAUCUCUGGAUCAAAGAAGAGAAGUGGUUUCUGCGAAAAAGCUUUGCUUCAAUUGUCUCGGUCUACAUCAGCAGAAGGACUGUCGAUCCAACAAAACGUGUCGCGUGUGCAACGGUCGACAUCAUUCCUUGCUGCAUCGAAACUCUUCUUCAAUCUCGACAGCUGCCAACAGCGGCACAUCUCAAGGACAGGCCGUAGUAGCGCAACCUGCAGUGCAGAACGCACCGAUCUCGAACAGCGCCCCUCAGGUGAGCAACCACUCAGCUCAGCCUACAAUGAUCAAGCGCUCUCCAGUUCUUCUCGCCACAGUGCAAUUGAUCGCUUCGAAUCCGGAGACUGGAGAAAGAAUCAUCGCUCGCGCUCUACUCGAUCAAGGAUCCGAAAGUUCAUUCGUCACGGAGUCGCUAACGCAACAAUUGCGACUACGUCGGCAUCAAGCAACGAUACCGAUCAUUGGCGUCGGAGCUCAUCAAUCGGCAGUGACUCGCGGCAUCGCGACAUUGCAACUCCAAUCUCGUGCUCACACCUCGUUCUCAUGUCAGGUGGAGGCACUCGUGCUUCCACGACUCACAUCGUAUCUACCCUCAUUUCGACUUCUCGUCGAAGACUGGCCUCAUCUACGAGGACUCAACCUCGCGGAUCCAAGCUUUGCACAUCCCAGUCAAAUCGACGUAAUUCUCGGAGCUGACAUCUACAGCAACAUCAUUGGUCAAGGAGUUCGAAGAGGAGCACCAGGAACACCAAUCGCGCAAGAAACUCAGUUCGGUUGGGUCCUCUCCGGCUGCGUUUCAGCGGAAGCAGCAAGCCCCUCGUAUAGCACAGUCCAAGGCUUCCAAUGCUCCCUCGAUCACGAACUGCUCGAUCUCGUGCAGCAGUUUUGGAAGCAGGAAGAAGUGUCGAAACCUUUGGCACUAACUUCCGAAGAAGAGCGUUGUGAGCAACACUUUCGCGAAACGGUUUCUCGAACUGCGUCCGGUCGUUACGUAGUUCGGCUGCCGCUCAAAGACAAUUCGGUAGAGCUCGGCAACUCGCGGAAUCCCGCGCAUCAAAUGCUCCUUCGUUUGGAGAAACGGUUCGGUAGCGACGCGAAACUCAAGGAGGCUUACUCGAGCUUCCUUCGUGAAUAUCGUGAACUCGGGCACAUGCGUCGCGCUAUCAAUACACCUGAAGACAAUUCCCGCGUGUUUUAUCUUCCCCAUCACGGUGUAGUUCGCGACAGCAGUUCAACAACAAAGUUGCGUGUCGUGUUCAACGGGUCUCAAAGAACCAACCUCGGACUCUCUCUCAAUGACAAUCUUCUCGUCGGUCCAAAAGUGCAAACCGACCUCGCGGACGUUCUCUUACGCUGGCGACAAUAUCCAGUCGCGUUCUCAUCAGACAUCGUCAAGAUGUACCGACAAAUUUUGGUCCACAAUGAUGACCAAGAUUUUCAGCGAAUCCUCUGGAGGGAAGAACCAGAGCUACCGAUUGAAGAAUAUCAACUGACUACGGUAUCGUAUGGUCUUGCAAGCGCUCCGUAUCUCGCGAUUCGUAUUCUUCAUCAACUUGUUCAGGACGAAGGUAAGCAGUAUCCCUUUGCGAGCCACGUCAUUCUCGAGAACACGUACGUCGACGACAUCCUCUCGGGAGCAGAGGACGUUGAUCAAGGUCGCGAGAAAAUCAACGAACUCAAUCAAUUGCUCAAGGCGGGCGGCUUUGAACUUCAAAAGUGGACUUCAAGCCACCCAGAAACUCUCGUUGACAUUUCUCGAAACCAUCAAGAGAUCGCGAUGCAUCUGAAUCUCGAUCAAAGUCCAUUCUUUCGGGGUCUCGGUCUUGCGUGGAGACCAGACAUCGACGCGUUUGCGUUCUCUCCGCAAAUUCAUCAAACUCGGGACAAUUUCACGAAACGAAAAGUUCUCUCACAAACCGCGCAGCUCUUUGAUCCUCUCGGAUGGCUCUUGCCGAUCACGAUCAGAGCCAAAAUCUUUAUGCAGGAAUUGUGGGCACUCGGUUUCGACUGGGACGAGCCGCUCUCAGCUUCAUUGUCCUCGCGAUGGAUCGAGUUUCUACAAGAUCUUCAAGGCAUCUCAGCUAUCACCAUCCCACGAUGGAUCGGGUUAAGUUCAGCAUCUCUCGGGAUAGAGAUCCACGGUUUCGCGGACGCCUCUGAAAGUGCAUUAGGCGCAGUGAUCUACGCGCGAACGUAUAUCAACACUCACGAAGCGCGCGUUUCACUAGUGUGCGCGAAAACUAAAGUAGCGCCGCUAAAGAAGGUGACAAUUCCUCGUCUCGAACUCUGUGCUGCGAAUCUUCUCGUCCGGUUGAUGUGUCAUGUGGAAAAGACUCUUAAUUUCGAAAACACCCCGGUUUAUCUGUCGACGGAUUCCACAGUCGCGCUCGCGUGGAUCAAAAGCCACCCAUCGCGGUGGAAGGAAUUCGUUCAACUUUGGACCUUCGGACCAUCCUGGCUCUCGAAGCCUUCUGUCAAUUGGCCAUCCUUAUCUCCGCGACCGGAAGAAAACAUUCAUCUCGAGGAAAGAAAAGGGCUGUCGACGCACAUCGCAACAGCUAAGCCGCUACAAAUCUGGGAUCUCGUCGAUCGCUACUCAAAACUAUCGACUCUCCUCAAAGUCACAUCAUUCUGUAAACGCGCAGCAAAUCGGUUCCUCGCGAAGACGACAUCGAAUCGCGUAAACACGUCUAUCACUGUCGGACCGAUCUCUACUCUCGAAUUGAGCGACGCUCAACUGUUUUGGACCAAGGUGACCCAGCAGGCGUACUUUGCAGAAGAAAUUCGCCAAAUCGAGACAAGCUCAAGUCUCACUCGAAGUCAUCCACUAUCGCGACUCAUGCCGUUCAUCGAUUCGAACGGAUUCCUCAGAGUCGGUGGUCGACUGAAUCACUCAUUGCUUUCGUAUGACGAAAAGCACCCGUUCAUCUUGCCUCGCGAAUCAUCGUUCUCCACAUUGAUCAUCGAUCAUCAUCAUCGGUUGAAGCUCCACGGAGGUCCGCAACUCACUCUCGCUACAAUCCGACAGCGGUACUGGAUCCUGGGAGGAAGAGUACCGAUACGCAUGUUCAUACAUCGUUGCGUUCCUUGUGCGCGUCAUCGCGCCACCCUCAGCAGCCAACAGAUGGGCCAACUCCCUCAGUCUCGAGUCACGCAAUCAAGGCCGUUUCUUCACUCUGGCGUUGACUACGCUGGUCCAUUCUCGAUUCGAGCCUCCCGCGGAAGAGGAGCGAAAUCAUGCAAGGGAUAUAUCGUUAUCUUCAUCUGCUUCACGACCUCGGCUGUGUAUCUCGAGCUAGUUUCGGACUACACGACGGAGGCAUUCAUCGCGGCGUACAAACGCUUCACAUCUCGACGAGGAAUUUGUGCCUCAAUCGCAAGCGAUUGUGGAACGAAUCUCGUCGGCGCAGACUCAGAACUUCGCCGUCUUCUCGCUGCAUCGUCAAAGGAGUUCGCAGAAAUCGCAAACACCCUCGCAUCACACGGAACCCAGUGGCGGUUCAAUCCUCCCUCCGCGCCUCAUUUCGGUGGAAAAUGGGAAGCCGGAGUGAAAUCAGUCGAAUUUCACCUCAAACGAGUCAUCGGAGAAGCUACUCAAACGUUCGAGCAAUUCGCGACGUUCCUCACGCAAGUAGAAGCCACGCUUAAUUCUCGACCUCUUUGCGCUAUCUCGGACGAUCCACGGGAUCCAAGUGCCUUGACUCCAGGACACUUUCUCGUCGGCUCAGCAUUGAACACAAUUCCUGAGCCGUCACUCAUUGAGGUGCCAGUUCAACGGCUAUCGCAUUGGCAACACUCGCGUCAAAUGCUGGAGCAUUUUUGGAAACGCCGGAGUACGGAGUAUCUUCAGUCCUUCCAAAACUUCUCGAAAUGGCAGACUUAUCACGGGAAUAUCAAAAUCGGAUCCAUCGUUCUCGUAAAAAACGGAAAUCUACCUCCAUCUGUGUGGCCCCUCGCGAAAGUGAUCGAAGUGCAUCCGGGGACCGACGGUCUCGUUCGCGUUGUGACCGUUAAAACGAAAUCCUCUGUGUUAAAACGUCCAAUCGUAAAAUUGUGUGUGCUUCCAGUGUCCUCUUAA